GACACAGGUGAGCUCCUGUCAGCAGAACUGAACUCUGAGCUGUGACAGGCCGAGAAGCGGAAGCAGCUGCUUAACAUCAAACCAAUUAUCAGUAAUCUGGAGGAUUAGUGGCUGAUCUGCUGUUAAUGGGAUCAGAGCUGCUCGGAGGUUUGGGAUGACAAGUCGCAGCUCGCUCACAUUCACACCUUUUCUCCUGCAGCGCAGUGCCGAGCCCGCCGCACCUGUUUUAUGAGAAUAUUUGGUUGAUCUGAUGGCAGACCCCUCUGCCCCCCCAGCAGUAUGGACUGUCCUGAACUGCAGCUUGGCAUCAUGGGUCUGAAACUGGGAGUUCUGGUGGAGUCGCAUUCAGCUGCUUUUUUCUGGAUUGGACUAUAUUUUUGAAACUAGACAGAUUCUAAAACUGCUUCGUCCUGAUUCCUGACGUGAAGUGACUUUUGAUUUGAGUGUUUUGUUGCACUAAGACGUUAAAAUGCCGUUCAUGCCAGUGAAGUUCAACCUGCAGAAGCGGGUGAAGCUGGCUCAGGGUCUGUGGAUGCUCUACUGGGUCUCGGUCAUGGUGGGGAUCCUCAUCUUCAGCCUUGGCAUCUUCUUCAAGAUCGAGCUGCGGAAGAGAAGCGAAAUGAUGGACAACAACGAGGGCCACUUGGUGCCCAACCUGCUGAUCAUGGUGGGCUUGUUGGCCUGUGGGAUCAACGCCUUUGGAGGAAAGGUGUGCCACGACUCUCUGGACCCGGUCAAGUUCGCCAAGUGGAAGCCGAUGCUGAAGACGUACAUGAUGCUGUGCUGUGGCUUCAACGUGCUGCUGCUGCUGGCAGCUAUGCUCUGCUUCCUCAUGCAGUUCGCCGUGUACCUGACGCUGGCCGAGGGCCUGAAGAACAGCAUCAAGUUCUACAAGGACACGGACACGCCGGGUCGCUGCUUCAUGAAGAGGACACUGGACAUGACGCAGAUCGAGUUCCGCUGCUGCGGCAACAACAACUUCAGGGACUGGUUCGAGGUGCAGUGGAUCAGCAACCGCUACCUGGAUAUGAGCAACGAUGCCGUCAAAGAUCGUGUCCUCAGUAACGUGGAGGGGAAGUUCCUGAUGGACAGCGUCCCCUUCAGCUGCUGUAACCCCGGCUCCCCUCGGCCCUGCAUCCAGCACCACCUGACCAAUAACUCCGCCCACUAUGAUUACGACCACCGCAUUGAGGAGCUCAACAUCUGGACCCGGGGCUGCCGCGAGGCACUCUUCGCCUACUUCAGCAGUAUGAUGAGCAGCAUCGGAGUGCUCAUUAUCAGCACCAUCUUCCUGGAGUCGGUGGACAUGGCGGGGUUGAAGUACCUCUGCACGGCUCUGGAGACGAUGGAGGACCCCGAAAACCCCGAGUGUGAGAGUGAAGGCUGGCUGCUGGAGAAAGGCGUGAAGGAGACGUUCGGCGACCUGCUUGCCAAGAUGAAGACGAUGGGGAAAGCCAAUCAGGUGGAGGAGGGCGCAGAGGAGGCCGCCGGCUGAGAGCCCCGCCCACCUGAAAGGACACUGAGGUCUCUCCCCUCUCCUCCCCCUCCUCCACCUGCCUCUCGACCAGUAAACAGGGAGCGAGAGAGGAGAAGUCUUCUCCACCAACUGUACACACACAUGCACGCACACCCGCGCACGCACGCACGCACGCACACACACACACACACAUACACACUCGUUCAAAGUGAACAAGUCCUUUAAAUUUACUGUGAAUGUGAUAUUUUCCAUUCUGUAAAUAUGUUGAACAGAGUUUAUUUUUAAACAGGAGGAACAGAAACCUGCUGCUGUAAAUAAAACGUCUGCGUUAUAAAAAAUUAAAUCAUAUAUGAAUAUUUAAUUAACCCCGCCCCCUCAUUAAAGUCUCCUGUCAGUCACCUUCAGGCCGGACAGACUGGACACCGGAGCCCGACCGAUACAUCACCACUGACCUUUGAUCAGCUGAUAUCGGCUCAUUGAUCACAUAUUGAACAUGUUUAGUAUCUGUUGCAGUUCCUGGGUCUGUCCAGCAGAGAGCGCAGUGAACAAUAUCUUCAUUCUUGCCAAACUUGUUUGUUUAUGUGAAAAACAAACAUCCGAAUCUUCUUCACGUCCACAUGUUGGGAUUUAUGUCUCAGACAUCGAGUAUCGGUCGGACUCUGGUCGUCACCAGUUGGCAUGGAAACAGAUGGCCGACAUCCUGAAGACAGCCAGGCUGCAGUACCGCUCCUGACCAGCAGGAGGUGCGGAGGUGUUUGGGCAGUGAGACACUCAUGCAGCUUCUCUCAGUAAUUUUUAUAACAUUUAUGAUAUAAUUUAUUAUUUUUCUAAUUUGAAAAUGAACAGAACUCCAAACUUAAUUCUUUGACAUUCACACUUUGUGUUUUUGAUGAUUUUACUUCCUGAACGAUCACAGCUUCACUUUCUUCAGUUGAAGCGGGAUAGCUAGCAUUAAUGCUAACGUCUGUGAACUGAAGCACAUGACGGGACCGAACGGGCUUGGCUCGGGUCGCCUCGUCUCGGCCGUCUGGUUCCGUGUCAGCGACGCUGCUUCACCCUGAAACAGGAACAUUUUUUACUCUGAAGUUGCAGCAGAACCAGCACACACUGUGAUGACCAAACUCAUCUUCAGCUAAUAUUAAUGUUUGUCUCUGGCUGCCCGACCGAACGCUCCCCUGAGGACAGAAGUCAUUAUAUUAACUGACUGACUGAACUGUGACGUGUUGAGGCUCUUAACCUGUCAGCUGUGUUAACCUUGUGAUUCUUUACAGAAAAAUGGAAAAAUGAGCCUCUAAAAUAAUUUUUUACAUGGCAAGCCACCUGUUAGCAUCAAUGCUAACCGAAGAACAACAACCAGCAGACGUGAAACAUCGUUCACCUCAUCCUGCGAGCACCAGAGCCCGGCCCGCUGCAGCCAACGGGCCGGCACCACAUUUACAGUCUAACACAACGAAACAGAAACUUUCUGUUUGUUUACUUAUCAAAUGAAUCGGUUCUCGUCACGAUGUGUUCUGACUUCUGUGUUACAGCAGAAACGGUCCGGGUCGCAGCAGCCCCCUGAUACUUUCCAGUUUUGGUUCCGGCUCUAACAACAACAUGAACCGGGUCCACUGAGCGUUCGGUCCGGGCAGCCUCAUGUUUCCUCCGUCUGACAGACAGGAAGCUGCAUCAGAGAGUGUGUGUGGUUCUGGUCUGUGUUCAGUUCUACAGAGUUACUUCGGAUCAGCUGUUAGUGAUUAAAGGAUCAGGUUAAAGAGAACUUCAGGUUCCAGGUACAGGCUGUAAUGUUUCUGUGUCUCUUUCUUUGUAAUAUGGAGUGUUGUGAUGUUUGUUGUGGGUCGGUGGGAGCUUGUAGUCGCUCCGCUGUGUACGAUAAGAACCUAUAAAGAGAUGUUGACUGAC